GUGCUGGGGAUCGGUGUGGGGAUGCUGGGGUGCAGGUUGCUGUGGUUCAGUGUGGGGCUCUGCUUGGGGAUGCUGGCUGCAAGGUGCUGGGCUCAGUGUGGAGAUGCUGGGGUACAGGAUAUAGGGAUGCAGGUGCUGGGUGCAGUGUGGGGAUGCUGAGAUCAGUGUGGGGCUCAGUGUGGGAAUGCUGGCUGUGGGAUGCUGGGCUCACCGCCCCUUCCCCAGCUCGAGGAGUCACCAGCAGCAGUGCCAGCGCUGCAGACUGUUUGGAAUAGUUUAAAUGCUUUGACACUCUGGAUGUACUAGAUGGCAGGGGAGGCAGUUUACAGCGUAAUUCAUAUGCAAAACUGCACUAUAAAUUUAAAACCUGUCUCAGUUGCCGUGGCACCACUAAGCAUUUCAUCAGCAUACAGUACAGUAUUUCUGCCAUCUUUGUUUGCAUUGCAGUGACUCAUCAAAAGUCUGUCUUGUACCAACACUGAGAGCAUUCCUCUGGCACUGAUAUUUCUCUGUUUUUAAAGCUUCGGUUUGAAACUGGCAUUUACUUCAGGUCCCUAAUCAAAGGGCUCUAUUCAUCGCAGAGAGCAGCCUGAAUGUUAAUCUGCAUCCGGCCUAUUCAUUUAGAUGCUAUGCACUGCCGUGGAGAUUUGACUUGGUAAGAGCUUGAGCUCCAGCAGAUAGAAGCAAAGGGCUCCGCGCUGCUUUCCUCCCCGAGCGCUCGGCGUCCCCACACAGUGUGGGGUGAGAGGAGGGCAGGGGACCCCCGGACACGGCUGGAAGAUGUGCCCUACUUUGGAUACCCCUGCAUUGAAUGCCUGAGGAGCUCCGGCGGAUCCUGAGCCAUGUCGCAGAUGUUGCACAUAGAGAUUCCCAACUUUGGGAACACCGUGCUGGGCUGCCUGAACGAGCAGCGCCUGCUGGGGCUGUACUGCGAUGUCUCCAUCGUGGUGAAGGGCCAGGCCUUCAAGGCACACCGUGCCGUGCUGGCUGCCAGCAGCCUCUACUUCCGAGACUUGUUCAGCGGGAACAGCAAAAACGCCUUUGAGCUGCCGGGGACGGUGCCCCCUGCUUGCUUCCAGCAGAUCCUCUCCUUUUGCUACACCGGCAAGCUCACCAUGGCGGCCAGCGAGCAGCUGGUGGUGAUGUACACGGCGGGCUUCCUGCAGAUCCAGCACAUCGUGGAGAAGGGGACAGACUUGAUGUUCAAGGUGAGCUCGCCCCACUGUGACUCUCAGACCGCCAUGAUCGAAGACCCCUCCUCAGAGCCGCAGAGCCCCUGCAACCAGCUGCAAUCGGCCUCUGCGCCCUACGUCAUGUCCCCCUCCAUGCCCAUCCCGCUCCUCACCCGGGUCAAGCACGAGAGCCUGGAGCUGCCGCCGGCCGCCGUGCCGGGCCUGCCUGCCAAGCGGCCCCUGGAGCCGGGCGCACGUGAUGGUCCUGCAGGAGCAGGCCCUGCUGCCGGCCCGCUGAAGCUGUCGCGUGUCUCCUACUAUGGGGUGCCCAACCUGGCCUCCCUCCUGCCCACCGUGCAGCAGGUGCAGUACUCGCAGGGGGAGCGCACCAGCCCCGGCGCCAGCAGCAUCCCCACCACCGACAGCCCCACGUCCUACCACAACGAGGAGGAUGAGGAGGACGACGAGGCGUACGACACCAUGGUGGAGGAGCAGUACGGGCAGAUGUACAUCAAGUCCUCGGGAGGCUAUUCUGUUGCACAAGAAAAGCCGGAGCAGAUCCCGCUGGAGAACCGCUCCUGUGUCCUCAUCCGCCGGGAUCUGGUUGCCCUCCCAGCCAGUCUCAUCAGCCAGAUCGGGUACCGCUGCCACCCCAAGCUCUACUCCGAGGGGGACCCUGGGGAGAAGCUGGAGCUCGUGGCAGGCUCAGGUGUUUACAUCACGCGGGGGCAGCUGAUGAAUUGCCACUUAUGUGCUGGUGUCAAACACAAAGUCCUCCUGAGGCGUCUCCUGGCCACGUUCUUCGAUCGGAACACCCUUGCCAACAGCUGCGGAACCGGAAUCCGCUCCUCCACGAGCGACCCCAGCAGGAAACCUCUGGACAGCAGAGUCCUGAACGCCGUGAAACUGUAUUGUCAGAAUUUUGCCCCGAGCUUUAAGGAAAGCGAGAUGAAUGUCAUAGCAGCUGAUAUGUGCACCAAUGCCCGCCGGGUCCGCAAGCGUUGGCUCCCGAAGAUCAAAUCCAUGCUGCCCGAGGGGAUGGAGAUGUACCGCACCGUGAUGGGCUCCACCACAAACAGCGUCCCUCUGGAUCCCGAAUUCCAGCCCAGCUCUGCUCAGGUCUUUGAGCAGCAAAUCUAUGCAGAAAGGAGGAGCGAUUCAGGAACUAUAGUAGCACUGAGAACUAACACAGUGAGCGUCGAUCUGAGCAACGGAUCCAGCCAGUCCUUCGAACAGAGCGAGGAUGCCGAGGGCGCCGGCUCUGUCAUACAGGAGGCGGCUGCCACGGAUGCCAUGGCAUCGGAUACCCAAAGCACUCCCCAACCUUUUGAGCAGGGCUCGGGCCCCUCCAGCCGGCCCGAAACUCCGGUGAGAAGACAGGAUGGCACUUAUGGAGGGACUUUAUAGAGAGAGCAAACGUUUUGUGAUCUAUAAGGGAUCUGUAAUACUAAAGCUGCUUGCAUGCAUUACUAAUACAAAACAAAAAUGUGAUCAAGCCACUUACCUACUGAACUGCUACUGUUGCCUGAAAAAAAUGUGAUUUUUAUUCUGCUUGUAUUUAAAAUUUAUGAAGGAAAUAAUCGCAUUCGUUAUACUGUAAACGAUAGGUCUGUGGCGACCUACUUAAAAAAAGAGAAAACUAUCGGGCUCCUUUUUUUGAUAUUCCUGAGGUUAGUCUAUGCGAUUGUAGCUUUUUUUUUUCUUUUUUUUUCCUUUUUUUUUUUUCCUUUU